AUGAACUGUCAAUCAGAUGACAGAAAGCACGGCCAUGUUGGUAUUAGAGGAUUGCAAGGGCCCAGCGGACCACCAGGAGAAAAGGGAAAGCAAGGUGCUCCAGGGUUCAAGGGACGGCCUGGACCGCAAGGCAUGCAGGGUGAAGCUGGUGCUCGUGGGCCUCCUGGUGGCAAAAUAUUCCCUGGUUUACCUGGUCCAACUGGAAGGAAGGGUAUGAAAGGAGUUCAGGGAAUAUCAGGACAAAAAGGUGUGAAAGGUCGGAGAGGACCACCUGGAAAACCAGGCAUUGCCAGCCAGCAGAUACCAGGGCACAAUACUCCACCUCAUGCUCAGAAAAGAGGAUCACAAAAUAAAGCAAGGUUGUUAUCCAGGAAGUCUCGAUUUGAUGGCCCUGAAGAUGAGAUUGAGGAAGGAACCAAAGACAACCCAGCAACCACCUGCAGAGAGCUGAGUCUCAUCCAGCCUCACCUCAGAGAUGGGCUCUACUACAUUGAUCCAAACCACGGAUGUCCGAUUGAUGCUCUCCGUGUGUUCUGUAAUUUUACUGCUGGUGGUCUAACUUGUGUGUCUCCUGUCCAGUCUAAAGUAAGAGGACUUUCACAGUCAGUCUCCUUUGGUGAUUCUAAGACAUGA